CGGAAGGCGGGACACGUGGGGCAAGAUGGCGGCGCCCGGUGGAGCCGCGGAGACCCCCGAGCAGGGAGAGGGGCUGGUGCUGGGGAGGCUGGAGGAGGAGGCGCUGAAGCGGCGGGAGAGGCUGAAGGCUCUGAGGCAGAGGACGCUUCAGAACAAGGACGGUGGUGAACGUGAGAACAAAAUUCCCAGGCAGGAGGAGGACGAGGAGCCCGUCAAGCACAGGGAGAUCAAACUGCGGAAUUACGAGCCCGAGGAUGAGGAGCUGAAGAAGAGGAAGCUGCCCCCGGGAAAACCGGCCUCAGUGGAGGACACGGUGAAGGAGCAGCUGGAAGCUGCCAAGCCCGAGCCCAUCAUCGAUGAGGUGGUAGGAUCUGGCAAACCUGGCUCCCAGGAAACCGGACUGGGAUUUGAAGCGGGAUGUGUCCAAGAAGCUGGAGAAGCUGGAGAAGAGGACCCAGAGAGCCAUCGCGGAGCUGAUCCGAGAGAGGCUGAAGGGGCAGGAGGAGGAGUUGGCAUCUGCCGUGGGAUCAGCGAAGCAGGAGGGAAGCGACUCCGACUGAGGGAUCCGUCGGCGUCCCGGAUCCAGCUCCCACCCCCGGGACACACUCGGCCCUUUCCCAGGAAUUCCCAAAUCCUGCCGUGCCUGGAGGGGAGGGGCAGAUCCCAGGAGCCCGGCUGGCCGCUGAGGGACAUUCCUGGCAAACUUCCCGGGAUCACAGGACACGCCCACCUGGGCUUGAACCCACCUGCCGGGACUCGGAGCAGGGAAAAGUGGGAAGAAUUCCAGUCAAGGUCAAUCCAGACUCGCUCUCCUCCUGCUGGGAAAGGAAGGAGAUGCCCACGUGGCCCUUGGAGAGGCAGGACCUUUUCCCAAGGGAUUGGGGUUCCUGUUCCUGUGCAGACACCACGAGGUCUCCCUGCAGAGCUGGGAACAUCCCUGGGCUCACCCAGAAUUCCCGUGGGAAGGGGCUGUCGGUUCAGGACCCGUUGGCUGCUCUGCAUCCAGCUGAGUUUAGCGUGGGAUUUGCCUUGCUUCCCAAAAUUUCCCAACCCUCCGGAGUGUUCCACUCCUCCUCGGAGUGUUUUUUAGUGGAUGAAGUUUGUUGUUAGUGGAUCUUUUCCUAAUAAAAAAUUCCGUGCUGGAA